AUGGCGCUGACGAUUUUGCACCUGUCUUUCAUAGUAUUCAUAAUAGCGAUGGGGUUUUGGAGGGGGCACACGAAGAAUUUCACAGAGCCGGGUAACCAGAGAAAUGCGGGCGGGUUCUUCCCCUUUGGAGCGUCGGGGGUGAUCAACGGUGCGGCCGUGGUGUACCUGAGCUACAUAGGGUACGACGCGGUGUCGACCAUGGCGGAAGAGGUGAGGAAUCCGUUGACGGAUAUUCCGGUGGGGGUGUCGGGAUCCGUCGUGCUGGUAACUGUCCUCUACUGCCUGAUGGCGGCUUCCAUGACGGCCCUCCUCCCUUACGACAUGAUCGACCCGGAGGCUCCAUUCUCGGGGGCAUUCAGAGGGUGGGCGUCGAACGUGAUAGGGGUUGGGGCUAGUUUCGGGAUAAUGACGUCGAUACUGGUGGCGAUGCUGGGGCAGGCGCGGUACAUGUGUGUGAUUGGGCGAUCGGGUGUGGUCCCAAAGUGGUUCGCGAGGGUCCACCCUUACACAUCGACGCCUCUCAACGCCUCCCUCUUUCUUGGCCUUAUGCAGUGGUGGGCGGAGGUUUGGUUCUCUGAUGCUGGCUUCGGUUUUGGUUUGUUCGGCUGA